AUGAUGGUCCAUGUCAAUCAGACAGGGCCACUGAAGUGCAGCCUGUGCUCCUUUGUGACUGAGCACUGGGACUGUCUGCAGGAACACCAGCGCACCCACAAGGAGCUGCGAUGUCUGCAGGACAUGCUGGGCAGCGGCAGUGGCACAGGGGGAGAAGCUGACCACAGCCUGGCCCCUCCGCACGGCCCCUCGGACAACGAGACGGAGGGAGGCCAGGCGCCAGCGUUCAGCUUCGGGGAGGCAGGGCGCGAGGAGGAGGAGGAGGAGGAGGAGGAAGAGGAGGAGGAGCUGGAAGCUUCAUCCGGAGAGUUCCGGGUCCCGGACUCCCGGCCCAGCAAAGCCGCCGCCGACGACAUCCUGGCGCUCGGCAAGAUCAUCGGCACGAUCGGCGAGUACGUGAACGGCGACGAGGGCGAGUCGCAGAGGGCGGUCGCCGAGUCGGAGAUCGAGUACUGCGGCACAAGCUACCGGCGGCCGGCGGGCACUGACCGGCACCGUGAGGCGGGCAGGGACCCGUCGAGUGAUGCGGUGGACUGGGAGGCCCGGCCCCCUCACCAGCAGACGCCGGGAACAGCCCGGAGUGUCAACGGCCUCCUGCCGCCGGCCAGGAAAGCGGCUGCCGGCUGGAGGAAGAGGAGGAGGCCUGGCACGGCGAGCUCGGCUAUCGUCCAGCACUGCCCCACCUGCGGCUGGGAGGGCAGCUCCCGGCAGUCCCUGGCCCAGCACAUCGCCCGGCACGGCCUGACCAAGCGCUUCCGGUGCACGCAGUGCCGCUUCGCCUGCUACAAGAAGGAGAGGCUGAGGCGUCACCUGCUGACACACGGAGUCAAACGGCCAGACGCGCAGGGUGGAGAAGGAGCAGAGAACCACAGCGUACCCGCAACCUGUGCCGAGGCCAGCAGAGACACCGACGCCCCGUUAACACCAGGCACCUCCAGUCCUCGCCUCCCGGAAACGCACGAGAUCCCGCUGCCCUCAACACAGUUCAGCUGCCCUGCCCCCGAGGCAGCUGGAGCGGACACUGACCGAUCGCUGUCGCUGGAGCGGGAACGGCUAGCACUGGAGAAAGAGAAGUUUGAAUUUGAGAAAGAGAAAUGGAGAACGCAGCAAGGACUGAUGGCUCUGCAGGAGCACAAGCUGCAGCUGCAGGUGCUGUUGCUGGAACGGCAAUUGAACCUCAUCAAAAACCAACCACCGACAUGACACUUCCCACCCCCAAGGACACUGUCUCUUCACCCCCUCGUGCAACCACCUCCCCCCACCCUCUGCCCUAAUGGCUCUGCUUGGUUUCCCGCUUCGUCCCAUCUUUUCACUGAUGCAGGGGGUCGGGGAGCAUGGUCACAGACUGGGACUGCCUCCCCAGUUAGAUCCCCGUUAAUUUGGGGUGGGUUGGGGAGAGAGGAUUGAGCGGGGAGUGCAGAUAAGGACAGUGGAAGCCAGAUAUCAAGCUAGGCGCCUGUUCUGCCGAUGUCGAGGAAGCAGACGCUGCCAGAUCUGCUCUCCUCGGAGUCCACCCCCCACCGCCAAGUGGCCAUUGACUCACCCACACGCGUCAGUGAGGGGCUGAGCAGUGGGUUUGACUGGGGGAGGCAUCACAACCACGUUCCCACAGGAAGUUGGAGGGGUGGUUGCCCUGCUGAUCUGGAGUGUGAACCCUGGCUGCUUUUGAGUGGGUGCGUGUUUGCUUCUUCCUCCCUCCCACCAGGUGUGGACAGGGUGUCUCUGUCACUGUCUCCUGCCCUGGCGGUUCGCCCAAUCAGCACAGGCCUGGGGGGGGGGCCUGGAAUGCUCCUGCUGCUGUGUGUCUGUGCGCACGCCUGUGUGCACACACCUGUGUGUCUGUGCGUGCACACGUGUGUCUGCGCGCCUGUGUGCGCA